AAAGACUCUAUUUCUUCUUUCAGGUUGAUAACUUUAUCCAUGCUGACAUGCAUCCUGGAAAUAUUCUCGUCCGGGUGUGUCAGAACAAGUCUUCUCGGAAACGGCUCUUUAAGUCAAAGCCUCAUGUCAUAUUCCUUGAUGUAGGCAUGACAGCUGAACUUUCAAACAGUGAUCGAGUAAAUUUGCUGGAAUUUUUUAAGGCAGUUGCCUGUCGGGAUGGCCGCACUGCUGCAGAAUCCACUCUAAGAUUAUCAAAGCGACAAUCAUGUCCAAAUCCAACGGCUUUUAUUGAGGAAGUAGAAGAAGCUUUCACUUUCUGGGGUACUCCGGAGGGUGAUCUAGUCCAUCCAGCUGAGUGCAUGCAGGAAUUACUUGAGAAAGUCAGAAGGCACAAGGUUAACAUUGAUGGCAACGUAUGCACUGUAAUGGUUACAACGUUGGUUCUCGAGGGUUGGCAGCGAAAGCUUGAUCCUGGAUACAAUGUGAUGCAUACGCUACAGACACUGCUAUUGAAGGCUGAUUGGGCAAAAUCGUUAUCCUACACCAUUGAUGGACUGAUGGCUCCAUAAGAAGCUUCCUGAUCUUACUGUGUGUUGGCGUUGCUAUGAAACAAUUUUGGCAAGUGGUAGUUACAAAGUUCCUGUCCGGUGCUGUUUUGUGAAACAAUUUUGACAAUUGAUAAGAUCCUAGAACAUAAGGAAUAACAUAUCUUUUGUUUUUUUGUUUUUUUUUUUCUUUUACUUGGGAUUUUGAGAUUUUCUAACGUGAGAUUUAGUCCAUUGUGUAUCUAUUAUUAUGUCAUUUUUGAUCGUUCAUUACUGUCAUAUCUCAGCCCCCCCAAGAGCGGGGGCAAAACAUUUGAAGCAAAGAGGAAA